AUGGAAUCCUCACGGGCAGGCAAGACGCUGCUCAAGAUCCUUUCUCAACAGCAUAAAACAGCGAAACAUGCUCGUUGUUUUGCCUCUAAAUCCACGACUUUGCCGUCUGUAGAGGUCGAAGCCAGCCAGGCAGCCCAGGAAGCCAUGAUGCUAGCAGAAAAGAAUGUAUCAACAUCUACCGGGAAACCUUCAUGGGAUUGGCAGCGAAUGCUGCGAGCUAGACAACGGCGAGCUGCAGUUUUAGAGUAUUUCUCAAAACUUGGAUCAACCCAGAACCGUAAUAACACCUAUCAGCCUCACCACGGUCUCAACAGACCAGAGUCGUCGGAAAGCCUCACACUCUCUGCGCUCGUCGCAGCUGGGGCGCAUAUUGGGCACUUUCACUCUCUCAUGUUCCCGUCAUUUCUUCCAUAUGCUUACGGAACACGUGCUGGCGUCACCAUUAUCGACCUCGAGCAGACGUUGCCGAUGCUUCGACGUGCUGCAAACGUCGUCAGGGCUAUUGCACAAAACGACGGAAUGAUUCUAUUCGUUGGUACAACCCCAUCACUCCGACCAAUCGUCGCAAAAGCUGCUGGUCGACUCGGAGCAAACGGAUUUCAUGUCGGAGAAAGAUGGCUCCCUGGAACGCUCACUAAUCGCAUGGGUCUAUUCGGAACAGAAGUAGCACGAAGUCAGAAGCUGAAACCUGACUGUGUCAUCUUCCUCAACCCUCUCAGCAAUCUCCAUGCCAUCCGUGAAUGUGCUAUUGAGCAUAUUCCGACAAUCGGCAUCACCGACUCAAAUGCAGACCCGCGAAUAGUAAUGUACUCUAUCCCUGCCAAUGACGAAAGCGUACGAACAGCUGAAAUUGUCGCUGGAGUCCUUAGUCUGGCCGGACAGCAGGGAAUAAAGUGGAGGGAUAGACCAGUGGAUUCGCUCGAAGACCCAGUCGGUCUUGAUGUCGAAGAGGACGAGUUGUCGGAGGACUCGGAUGGCGAGGCUGAAGAUGUAAAAGGUGACCAAGCUUAA